CUCAGGACCUCUGGAAGAGCAGUCAGUGCUCCUAACUGCUAAGCCAUCUCUCCAGCCCUGGGACCCUGUCUUGAAGGAGGGGCACUUGCUGUGUUAACUUAGCUGGUAACAUGUUUAGGGACCCAGGUUCAGUCUCUAGAACCUAUACACAGAGCUGAGCUCAGUGGUGAGGAGGUGGGGAGCAGGUACAGGCAGACACUGGAAGCUGGUGGAAGAAUGGACUGCAGAGAUGCCACAGAGCACUUGCUGGCCUGGAAGAGGAUCUGAGUUUUGUGUCGUAUCUGUGGCCACCUGUAGCUUAGCACGGGUGUCUUGACACCCUAGGUUCUGUAUCCAGGAGGAAACUCGGUCUCUGUAGUCUGUCCUCUAUCAUGCAUUGGAGGUGGAGGAGAAAGAGAUGGACACCCCAGACUCAGCCUCAAGGGUCUUCUGUGGCCGCUUCCUCAGCAUGGUGAACACUGAUGAUGUCAAUGCCAUAAUCCUGGCCCAGAAGAACAUGCUGGACCGCUUCGAGAAAACCAACGAGAUGCUUCUGAACUUCAACAAUCUUUCCAGCGUGCGGCUGCAACAGAUGAGUGAGCGCUUCAUGCACCAUACCCGCACCUUGGUGGACAUGAAACGGGAUCUGGACAGCAUUUUCCGAAGGAUCAGGACACUGAAGGGGAAGCUGGCCCGGCAGCACCCAGAGGCCUUCAGCCACAUCCCAGAGGGUUCAUUCCUAGAGGAUGAAGAUGAAGACCCUAUCCCACCCAGUAUCACCACAACCAUCGCCACCUCGGAGCAGAGCACGGGCUCCUGUGACACCAGCCCUGACACGGUCUCGCCAUCCCUAAGUCCUGGCUUUGAGGACCUAUCACACAUUCGACCUGGCUCUCCUGCAAUCAACGGCCACAGACAGACAGAUGAUGAGGAAGAGACACAUGAAGAAUAGCCUCCCUCCCACCAUCCCAGAAAGGCUCGGGGCAGCCGUGGUCCUCCUAGGGUCACAAUCGGUCUGCUUGGCUGCUCCAUUCUUUCAUAGGCAGGGUUCCUAAUUCCUGCCACUCCCCCUAAGAGCAGGACUUCCCUAUGCCAGCUCAUGUGCCCCAGGUGCAGCUGAGUACAGGUAACCUUGAGCUCAGCUUGGGCCAGCUUUGAACAGUGCUUCUGAGGUCCCCAGAGACCAAAGCCAGAUCGUCUGUCCCCCACAUCUUGGGUGGGCACAGGAGGGCCGAGCUUGUUUCUACCCACUGGCAGCUGCUGACUCAACUCUGGGCUCCCUGCCAUCUGUGGAGUACUUUUUUCCUGUUGUGUUGAAUACUGGAGAAAUAGAAGGUUCAAGAUAGAGGCAGACCUGACUGUGGGGAACUGUGUUUCUUGAGGGUCCAUCGGGCAUCUCCAGGAGCUGGCCAGUUAUCUUAGAAAACAACUGAAUGGAAUAUUUUUGUACCUGAUGUUUACAGAUGUUGGGAAGUUAUCAAUAAAGACAGUUGUUAAAAGGGA